UUUCUGCAAGUGGUAACAAAGUUAUAACCGGACCAUUUCUACAAAUAGAAAAACAAUUAUCAAGACUGACUAUAACAAAACCGCACUUGGCUUACUGCCUACCAUGCAAAGCAACAAUCACAGAAAAUUUUUAUAAAAAUAACUUCAAAUUUUUCUAUACUUGGUUUCGAAACGAUAAUAAACUGAUUGAUCCACCUAAAUAUAGAAAUGGUACUUUGUGUUUACCGCCGAAUGAGAGAGCAACUGGAGUUUAUCGUUGCAUAAUCAAUGCUAAUGAAACGGCACUACUUUCAGAACAAAUUAAUGUAGAAUAUCCUGUAUUGAGACGUGUUCUGAAUAUCUCAACGAAUAUAACAGCAUUAUAUGGUCUACCUCUGACACUUAAUUGCCCCGUUGUGAGUGUACCUCCUGCAAAUAUAUCCUGGUAUAUUGGGAAUACAACGUUAUCGAAAAAUUACAAAGACGACAGUUUCAUUGUCCUUGCCAAUGGCAGUUUAGUUUUAAGGAAUAUUACUUUAAGAGAAAAUGGAAAGUAUAAAUGCUUAGCUCGAAAUGAAUUUACAAUAAAAAAUCAUCGUAAAAUCACUCUGACUGUAACAGUGGAUGGCGCAAAAGAUCGUCGUAAACGUUCGCAGCUAAUACCAUAUUUACAGAAUCCUACAGAAUAUGUGCCACAAGGAGAUGAGUUGAAACUUUAUUGUAGUGGAGUCAACAAUUCAGUUUCAAUUGAAUGGUGGUUUCAGCGUACAACACACUCUCCACUAACUAAACUCAAUAACGAUAGCAACGAAUAUCACAUAAGCUAUGCAACUGUUGAGGAUCACGAAGGUUACUACACAUGUUCAAUACCAAACACAUUAGAUACUCAAACUUUUUACGUGAUUGUAACAAUACCACCAAAGAUAAUCGAGCCUCUACCCUCAUAUGAAAGUCUAAUAACAUCUGCGAUGACACUUCAAUGUCGUAUUAGUGGUAACCCCAAGCCAAUUGUACGUUGGUACCACAAUGGGUCUCCUUUAAAUAGUUCCUAUACACGUAACAUAAACGGUAAUGAUCUUGUUUUUUAUUCGUUCGAUCCAGAUGAAGCAGGCAUGUAUCAGUGCUUUGCGCAUAAUAUUGCUGGUGAAGUAUACUCUGCUGCGGAAAUACGUUUGGGAAGCAAAAGUGAAGAAAUAAGAAGUAAUCCACUACAAAAUAUUCGUUGUUUUCCACACAGCUCGAAUACAAUCAAUGUUACUUUUGAUAGCAAAGCUACUGACCCCCUGUUUAUUGCAUACAUUGUACAAAAUAAUCCUUAUCGUUGGACGGCUCCAUUUCCUCCUAGAAAACUAAACAGUACCUCUUAUGUGAUAUUAUCUAAUGAUUUUCCUUAUUAUCGUCCAUUUGCGUUAAUUAUUCGUGCUCUAUUUCCUACAUCAGAAUAUCGAUACCAAGGUAGCAAACCUCAGCAACAAUCAAUGCAAAGCUCAAUUCGAAGUCCGCCAAUUACAUGCUUCACUCAAGGAUUGCCGUUACAUGUUGUAUAUUUUGGCAAUGACACUUUUGUUACAUGGUCCCAACCCGAUCUAAGUUUAAAGAAGUAUUUUAUUCUACAAUUUUCCAUAAACUAUACUAAUCCACAUCCAAAACAAAUGCUUGAUCAACAAUUACUUGGCACCACUCGUCACGUAAACCUCACUCAAGAAGAUGUUUCUAAAGAUCUCACUAACAUCGAGCCACUUAACGGCACAGUAGUGCGUGCCAUUCUCAAACGAGCGGAAAGUAAGUACAUUGACAAUGAUGCUCGAGUGAAUCAUUUGGAAACUGAUGAGGACAUUUUCAACUUGGUGGUACCAGCGAAUGUCUCUGGUGUUUUGAUGCAAAAUUUUACAUGUAUCAAAUUACGGGUUCUCAUUAUAACAUCAGAAAAUGAAAAUUUGGCACAAGAUUUCCGUUAUGUACAUUGGAAGUCAAUCGACAACAAUACUUCAGAACUUUUAAGUACACCAUUUCGUUUGAAAAUCGUGGAAUCGCGUAUGGUGGUUUUUCAUUUUCAGGACAAUUUCAAUGAAUCGUGCAUACGUGUUUGUCAUUCACUAACAAAAUAUCCAAACAUCAACAAAGAUAAGCCUAUAUGUAAUGAUCGUAUGAUUAAAAACUCUCAACUAGAAGUUAGUGGCUUAAAACCAAUAAAAAGUUAUCGUUUGAGCUUUUCAAACUGUGCAUCACACCAUUUUUACGGACAACUGGAUGUCAAUACUUUACCAGAUCCACCAGGCACCAUCAGUAAUCAACGUAUAACAAGGCACAAUGGCUUAAAGUUGAGCUGGGAUCCGCCACUCCAACCAAAUGGUCAGGUACAUCAUUACAAUAUAAUUUGGACGCUAGGCAAUGUAACGCAUGAGGCUAAUGUUAUGGAGUGCAACAUAUGCUAUUAUAAGUUUCCUAAUAUUUCUGAAAGUGCAAAAAUAAAUGUAACAGUGCGAGUGGUAGGUGAAACAGGUAUUGGUGCACCAAUUUUUAUAGAUCUAAGGGGCAUAAAUCAUCACAUGAUCGAGAUAGAACAGAAUUCAAGCACGGAGUUAUAUAGUGGUAUUUUAAUUGGAACCUUGCUUUCGGUACUGUGCGUUGUUAUUUUUGCUUUGAUAAUUAUAUUGCAACGUCGGCGUUUCAAAGCACGUCAACAAGGUCCAGUACACUUAACAUCUACCUCAGAAAUGAAUUUUGGCAAUUUAAGUAACACGGGAAUUCAAUGUGAUAGUGCGGGUGGCUUGAGUGGUAGUACUUUACAACAUGAAUUCUACGAAAUGCAGACACUAAUACCAAAGACUGUAAGACGAGCUGAUAAUGUGACAAAUCGACCGAAUGAUUAUCAAACUACACCAUUACCAAAUGGUAAUAAACAAGCUAAUCGUGCUGAUCACAGUCUUGUCAUUGAAACUAAUAGGCAAGGUUUCGAUGGCACUUCCAGUCAUAAUAGCUCACAAUUACCGCUAUGCAGUUCUACACCAGAACGUAACGGAAAAGAUGAAGUGCCACAAGAUGCUAGACCCUUCUUUAUUCCAUUCAAAAACUCUGCAAAUGCAGUAGUAACAAUUCAGAAACGAGGCAUUCCACCAAAUUUGACAGCAGUUUGCAGUAAAUUGCCACAAACUAAUUUACCACUUAUAGCUGCACUACCGAGUGGUACUAAUAGUAAUAGCACACGACGCAGUGGAAGUUUAAGUAAUAGUAGCACGGGAAGUGCCAGUAGUAGUAAUAAGAAACAGAAUCACUCAAGUUUUUCUAAACAUUCUCAGUCUAUUGAUGGUAUAUGCCUUUUAGCUGAAGAAGAAUCUGCUGCAACACUAACCCCAACUUCUGAAACAGUUGCGGACAGUCCUAUGGGAAUACCUAUGAAAAAAGAGAAUGAUUCCCAUCCAAUUAUAAAUGACAAUUUAAAGUCAAUUGAAAGAGCUACAACAUCAUCAAUAGCAGUAACGAAACCCACCUUAAAUUCUAUUAAGUCAAAUCUGGUUAAUCUAUGUAACAAUUCAAAUCAAACGAAUUUAAUAUCAACUGAUCGUUCUUUUAAUCAUCAAAACAAAAACAAAUCUAUAGUUCCUGCCGGUGGAUCCAUUACGGAAGUACAUGUUUCCACACCACCAAAUGCCAAAUGUUGGCCAAAAACAACUGUUCCAAAUUUUCCAAUUUCGAAUGCUGAGCUUUCAUCAAUCGGUCAUUUAUAUCGUCGCCCCAAUGUGGAUCCAAAUGGCUAAUUUUUUUUUUUAUACAGAAUAUUUCCAAUUAUUUAUUAAGUUUAAAUUAUGUUAUCCGGAGAAAUUGUCGGGAUCAUCAUGAAUACAUUCCAGAUAGAAGCAUGCUUACAUACAUACGUAUACAAAUAUAUAUAUAUA